AUCCUACGGCGGGAUAUCCAAGAGAACUGAAAACCCUCAAAAACUUGAAAAUCUAGAAUCAGGUGAGCACUGAAAUUGGAAGCCAAACGAUAGAAUUCGAGUAAAAAGAUGUUCGGUCGAAGCAGGUUCCUCUCGUUUCCCAUGGUCGCUGGAGCUGUUGUUAUUGGUGUUGUCUCUGGAAAGGCAAUAUUUGGACCUCCAUUGGAAGAAUACUGGAAGAAUAAACUCCAGAAAGAGGUUGCUGCAAAGGAGACUGAUGGCAGCUCCAAUUAGAUACCUUACUCGAAUUCUUUGUGUUUGAUUUCUUCACCAUAGAAUAACAGAGUGCCAGGCACUUUGAGCUCAUGCUGCUGAUAGACUUAUGAUACUAAACUUUAAACUUUGUAUGUUCUAGUGUAGAUUUUGGAUCAAUAUGAAAGAUAUUGGGAGGAAAUCCAAAUUAUCAUGUCAAAAGACAUUGUUGAGUAUUCUGGAUUAUUC